GAUUGCCCAACAUGGAGGAUCUACGAGCCUAGGGGGAGGACGAGGACCGAGAUACCCACUCUCCUAUCAACAUGGGGCCCACGCGGAGAGUGGGGUUGAUAACGGCACUGGCACUGGCACUGUUAGGGCUCGCGGCAGUCAGUCACGCAGAGGAAGCAGAGUACCAGUGUUUUAGCUUCGGGAAAGCCACCUACCCUGCAACUAUUAAACCAGUUGGGGACAUCAAUCGUGAAGUUGGCUCUUCCUAUGAAGCCUACUGCCUCUUCGACCCUAAACGUGUCAAUGUUAGCGAAGUGUACUUCCAACAUUGGGGAGACGACGCCCGGUUCAAGGUCCCACAUGAGGUGUUGAAUAAUUCGGCAAUCAGAGUGGUCCUUCAGCAUGAUGAAAUGAUAGAUUACAAGUUGAAGUGUAUGAUGACCUACAAGGAUGAAACAAAAUUUUUAUGCGAGAGGAAAGUCAACAUUGGAUAUCCACCACAGGAUGUUCAGAACAUGACAUGUAUUUCCAGAAACUGGGAACAGUUGAACUGUUCGUGGGUUGAGCCGCCAAAUCCAGUCAGGGUUCAAUACAUUUUAACGUAUGUUGUGGCUGGCUUCCGAGAUACCAGUUAUUGCCCAAAGAAUCAGACUGGCAAGAAUUGGUGCUUUUGGGAUAGUACAGAUUUUGCUCAAAGGGAUGAAUGGAUCCUCACAUUCACAGCACACAAUGCUUUAAGAUCAGGUGUUCAGUUUAAAUACAAUAUCAGUGUUUAUGAGAGUGUGAUUCCAAAACCAGCUGAGGAACUGACUGCUCAUGUGGAAGGCCCCCAUAGUGUAAAAUUAAGCUGGAGAUUACCCUACCCCAUAGACACAUUCCCAGGAAAAAUCAUACAUGAGGUUUCAUACAGAGAACGGCCAGAAGACAGCUCUCUCGAAGAUCUUGAGUGGCUUGUGGUUAGUGACGAGUUGAUUUUACCACCCCGUUUUACCAAGCUGAUUUAUAAUAAAACUGUAGAAAAUUUAUAUGCAUAUAUGCAAUAUGACUUCCGCGUAAGACUUCACACUGGAACUGGGAAAGUACGUGAGCAUAUGUGGUCCGAUGCUGCUGUUACCACACAGAAAACUGGCCCAAAAUUGCCUACAGCAAAGGUUCGAACAGAUAUUGGUACAUUUGAAAUAGAGCAGAACGUCAAUUCCCGAGAUAUAUAUGUGAAUUGGCAGAAGAUAGAUUUUGUAUUCAAGAAUGGACCUGAUUUUCAUUAUGAAGUUGAGGUAUUUGAUGCCGAUACUGGAAGACAAAUUAAUAAAACUGUGGGAGAAAUUGAAUUACAUGAAGAUUAUGCGAAGUUCCUCAACAUGGAAAACAAUAUGAAGUUCAGGUUUGACAUCACACCAGUGAACAGAGUAGGUCCGGGUAGUGACGAGACGAAGGCAACAGUCAUUGUGCCUGAGAAGAGUAAGGUGCUUACAUUCCCAAGUCGUUUCCAGGUCAUUUUCUACAAGGAAAAAAAUAGCACCAUCUAUGGGAUCAAGUGGAACAUCACUGAAGAGAAAAUUGAGAGCCAAAAGAUUGAGUCUGUGUCUAUUUACUGGUGCAAGAGGAGACAGUAUGAAGAGAGAUGUCUGGACAAACUUGAUUGGGUGAGUGUGAACCCAAGACUAACAAUGAAGAAUAUCACAGAUUUAGAGAAGGACACCAUGUACAUUUUUGGUAUAUCAGCCAACUCCAAUAAAUCCUCCAGCGGCAUUAAAUGGAUCACCUGCAUUGCUAGCCAUGGCAACAAGCUACCUCCGAUUGAUACAUUUGAUGUAACAGAAGUGUCUUCUACAGAAGCAGAACUGGAAUGGAAUCUUGGCUGUAAAGAUAGAUCAGCAGAUCCUACUGGUUUUAAUAUUUCAUACUGCAUAACACCAAGAAAUGAGACUGAUUGCCGGAAAGAUUCUGACAUGCACUACAUAGCUGUGUCAGAUGCCAGUUCCUAUAGAAUCAACGUGACCUCAUUACUCCCAUAUACGAGAUAUAUCUUUAGUAUUGCUAGUCAGUCAGAACUUGGGAUGAGCAGGUGGAGCAAAAGUUUAAUAUUGGAGACAAGCCAGGACAAACCCAGUGGACCACCGAGGAAUGUGAAAGCAGUAGACAAAGGUCAGGAAUGGAUCUAUCUGGCUUGGAAUCCACCCCGUCCUGAGGAACGGAAUGGUGUCAUUGUCACCUACAAAAUUAAAUCGGAACCGGCAGUGAAUAUAGAUUGGCCAGUGGCAAAAAAUAAUUCAGAAGUUGUGCAAUAUAAUAUCACCGGCUUGGAAGCAUAUACCAAAUACAAGUUCAAGAUCGUGGCAUGCACACAGAACCAAAAUUGUGGCAAUAGUUCUGUCACUUAUGAAACUAGAACAGGCAUUGGAGUUCCUGGCCCAAUUGAGGGAAUUUACGUGAACGAUGAUCGGCUGCAGUGGAACCACGAUGAAUGCAAUGGACCUUCCUGUUACUAUGAGAUACGUUACGGACCUGAGCCAAAGGAGACGUACAUUUCAAAAAAAGGCCAAACAGCAGUCAACCUCAGAGACCUUGGCAUCAACUGCACAGAACACAAUGAGAAAAUCCAAGUGGAAAUCCGGGCUGUGAGUCAGGAUUCUCAGUUGGAAGGACAGUGGAUGGAGAAGUCCAUGAAAUGCCCGAUACCAGUUAACAUGCCGUGGUGGCUGAUCCUCAUCAUCGCCGUUGUGUGCAUUAUCGCCACCGUCUCCCUCGUCGCCAUCGGCUCCUUUGGACAGAAGAAAGUGAAAGUGUUCUUGUUUGAGUGGAACCGCGAACUGGAUCUCCCCACGGGCCUCGGACCCAGCCUGCCCGCCCACGAUGACCUCCACUCCAACUACAAGAUCGUGCAGAACCAGGUCAUCGACGACUGGGGCGGAGCUGACACCAGGAUCCCAGUGAAGUCAGCCACGCCCUUCUCCAACCCCGAGGAACAAGAGGGUCAAUAUGGGAUGCAUGGAUUCAAGUCUCAAAUUGGUUUUCGUAUUGCAAGACUCAACAAUCAACUUUUGAAGCUGAUACCAGACAAGGCCCGUCAGAGCCGCAAUCCAUCAGGGGACUCGGGCACUUCAGAGAAUGAUCAGGUGGACUCCUCAGGGUGUUCUACUGGCAGUGAGUCGGACUCCUCCUCUGGCAGCCAUCGCGUUCCCCAGUCUUCGGACUCUGGGACUGGAACGGAGGUUGGCUUUCCACCUGAGUCCAAGAACUGGGAGUCAGGCUCUCUCAGGCUCCGAACCCCAGUUCCUCCAUAUGUCCGCCCAGGAUUGCCCCAAAAUAUUACUAGUGCGGGAUAUGUGUCUGUGUCUUCGGUGCCAAAUCUUCCGGUGGGGUCCAUGGAAGAUGGGCUGUCUCUUCAGCAGUCUACUUCGAGCCUAGCCUUAGGAACACCAUCUCACCAGCCUUUGGGAGCAAGGAGAGCCUCAACAGGUUACAUUAGUAUGCCUGACCAAGAUGCAGAAGGUGUAAACCUCCCCCUAGAGAUGUUAGGCAACGUCACCCUUCCGCAUGACAGUCGGCCAGGAGGCUUCCCAGUUUACUCUAGACAUAACUUCCCUCUUAAGAAGAUGCCCACUUCUGAAAUGUCACCCUACAUGAAGACUGGAUCUUUGCAACGACUCAAUACUGGGUAUGUUGCAGUUGCGCAACCGGAUGGAGGAGCAAGGGAUACCAUGUCGCAAGCUCAUGGCUACUGUGGAGGUGAAGAUCUUGGUGUCAUGAAGAGGCAGUCAUCCCUUUCAGCACUUCCACUUACUUAUAAUAAAUCUAUAAGUACACCAGAUGAAGAUUUACCCCCUGGCACAUAUUGCCGUGUAGGUGCUAGGGGCUCCCCUGGCCCACCCCCAGGACCCUCCCCGGGGUAUGUAAGUAUCACGCAAGCCAUGCCAUCACAUGCUAUGUCUCAUCCUGUCAACACCACUUCACCCACAAACAAAUCUCCAUAUGUUACAUUUGCCAUGGCCAAGUCCAUGCCUUCACCCACCAAGGAGCCCGAAAAAGCAGGUGGGGGCUAUGUGUCUGUAGGAGACAUGGCCGAGGGCCGUUGGGCCAAUCCUGUGAUGUUGGCCCCAGAAGAUUUUGAAGAGAGUCGGGAGGUGAGCUCAGCUCCGCUAGAAAGCACCCGGGGUCGACCGACGUUAUCCACGCGGCCGAAUACAUCUGAGGCAACUAUUGCUCAUAACCGCGGAGCAAGAAGCUUCCCUCCUUUAGCGCCAUCACUCUCUAAACAAAGCUCAGGCUAUGUUUCUCAGGAUUCAUUGCCCUUCCAUGAUCCUGUAGUUAUGUCUCCCAAGAGGCUGCUGACCCAGAGCAAAGAGCCCUAUUCAGUGAUAAUGCCACCAGACCACAAAGGAACUGCCGUGUGAGCAUGUAUCAUUUCUAGUGAAGUUUUACUCCAUUGUUGCAUAAGAAAUGUUUCAAGUCAGUCCACUGUUAUUCAAUAUAUUUGGCUUGAAGAACAUAUAGAAGUCAUAAAAUAAUUCAGUUAUGUGUAAGACUCUUCCUGAGGCAAAGUCCAAAGGCAAAGUUUCCCUUACUCUGAGAAACUUACUUAACAGACUUCCAUAAUACUGGAUAUUAAAUGAUAUAUGUAAAAGCACAUUUAUUGUGUGUUACCAAGUAUUUAUGAAUGCAGUGGUUCACUCAAUAUUCUGGAGCAUAAGAUGAUGAGAAGCAGCCAAUAUGUGCGUCUAUUAUUUUGUGUAGCAUUGUUAAUUGGGGGGGAGGAUUUUAGUGCAAAUCAUGGUGGUGUUACUAAUUCUUGAUCCCUCAGUUACCUACGUGGUACACCUUUAGAAAGUACAAAGAUAUGAUCCCGGUAGUGGUGUUUGCCCAGCAGUAUGUGAUGGUAUUAGUUAUGUUAAGUUGGUGUAUAUAUGGAUAGAGUUGUUAAAAUGAAAAACAAAACCAGAAAAAUAUGUGGUUUUCCCCAUUAAGAUAAAGAAGUCUUCAGAAGGCAAAAAAAAACUAUUCCAAUCUAUCUUGGGAUGUGGUGGAGAAAGAAAUCUCAAAAAAAACAAACAAAAUAAACACCUGAAAUUCAGAUCUUUUACUGAAAUUGUGUGUGAGAAUUGAGUUUCUGUUUGUUUCGUGAAUUGCUAGGACUGUGAUUUUACCCAGAAGUUUGCUGCUCACUUACUUUAAUGCUGUUAAAACAUGACAUUCUGGAAAUUAGUGGUGUAAUUCAAAUCAACAAGGAUAAAGUGUGGUGGCAAGGUUUUGGUUGGUUUACCAGCAGUGUGUCUGAUGUUACUAUUGCUUGUUGCUAUUCCCAGUGCAAUACCCACCAUAGGUCAUGAUGCCAUGUUGAAGUUAUUUUGAACCACGGAAAUAAUGAAAGAGCUUCAGAUGUUACCUCUAUACAGCUUGAUAUUUUUAUUUGUUUGGCAGAGAAAGCCAUAUAGAUGCCACAUCCCUUGACACAUAGAUGUUGAUUUUGUACAAAAAGGACUGUUACAGAGAAUUUACUUAUUAAUAGAAUCUCAAUACAAGCUUGCAGUUGGAUUGACCUCCACACUGCUAAGGCUCUGAAACAAAACAGACCAGAAGGUUAAGGGGCUCUGCUACAUGUUGGGAAAAGAAUGAUUGUUUUGAAGUUAUUCAGUGCUGGCUAUGUCUCUCCAGUUCUGUGCCAAGAUAUUGUUCAUGUGGUGAGAGUUCCAGAUACACACUUCCUAAUGCUCAAUACAUCUCAGUUUCAAUACUCAGUUUGCAUAUGUAAGGAGGAUCUGGAGCCAGUUGCUUCUUUCAGAUUGUGUAGCACUGUGUUUUAAAGGUAGUGGGUGAAUGGGUGUGAUGGCAACCUGUGGUAUAUAGGAGCACUUUUGCUUUUGCCAGACUUUGUAACAAUUUUAUUUCUGUUGAUUAUUUUAGUGAUUAUCUUUUUUUUCUUAAAAAUUUCCAGUAGAGAGGUGGGCUAAAAUAUUGUUCCCAUGCAAAUAUAAAGUGAACAUUUGCAUAGGAAAAAUCCAAAAGAUCAGCAGCUUUGCCACCUAUAUACUCCACACCAUCUUGCUUUCCCCAUUAACAUUAUGAAGAGAAGAGAUAUGGAGGAUUAUUAUUUUGUUCAAGUUGAAAUCUUCCUAUCAGCAACAAGAGCAAAAACUCAAAAAAAUCGUUAAGAUUAUGUCAUCAAAUCUCAAGAAUAAAAACUUCUUUUCCUAAUCUGAUGGAAAAUCAAGGGGUGAGCAGUAGACUCAGCUACAUACUCAAACACAGUGAGAGUGAUCCUGUUGUGUUUUAGAAUGUUUAUUGCAUGUAUUAUACUUGUUAUCUGUUCAUGUAUGUUAACUUACCGCCCAAUACUUAUCACUUUGCCAUUAUUGUCCAUGCACCAUAAGAGCUUGUUUUUCACUGCACAUCCAUGAAAUCAAAAACAGUGUCCAAACUGGCUACUGUAUUCUUUGUGCUAUAGUUAGAUAUACAGGUCUUACAAACAAUUCUCAUAACCAAUCAGCGAAUGUGACUUGGAAAUUUACAUUUAAUGAAGAAUGUAGAUUCCACUACUCUGUGCUGAUAGGGUCAGGCAAGCCGUACCAUUGUAGAAGUUAACAUACUGUGUAUCUCUAAGAUACAGCAUUAAUGUCUGCUCAAGUUUAAGUAUCCCAGACACUUUAAUAGGGAAGAAUUUUAUGGAAAUGCAUUUGAUAAGAUUGAGUGAUAUAACUAUUUUGUUGAUAAUCUGUGAGACCGAGCGGUAUUUGUUAUUGAAAAGAGAUUGAGUUGAUUGAAAUGAAUUAUAGAAUACACAGGAAGAAAAAAUAUAUGAAUAGUUAUUAUAUUUACAACAAUAUAUAUUCAUUUUGAAUAAAGACUGUAUAAUGACAUGAAGGUGAGAAUUUAUGAUUAUUCAGGAAGUACUUUCAGAUGCCCAGCAAUACUAUCCAUGAUAGAAACAAGGCAGAAACUUAAAAAAAGGGUAAUCAUUUUCUGUUUCAUCUUGUGUGUGUUUCAUCAUGAAGAUUCAUUUAUAUGCUGCUGGUCUCAUUUUGCCUUAGAGUACUGUGGUCAUGAAAGGUAUAAGACAUUUAAAAUAGGGGAUAUUGCAUGCAUGUUCUGCUUAUAUAUUCAUUUCAGAGAGAUAUAUUAAUUUUUUAUGAAUGCCCAUUGUCUUUUCCAGUUCAGUGAAAUAUGCUGUCAGCAAACUUAAAGUACCUAUUUGAAAAUUUAGAUAUGUAUGAAAAAUUUAUAUAGAUUAUAUAUACAUAGGAAGACUCUUGUGCUUUUUUGAGAUUUGAAGUACAUAACGCGCAUUGGAUAAAAUGAAGAGAGAGAAAUUAUGUUUCAUGAUUUAUUAUAAUUACCUUUUUUUUUUUUUUAUCACGGUAUUCAUAGAUGGGAUUCUUAUCUCAGAGACAUUAUAGAACAAUCUAACUGUCUAGUCCUCAUAAAUAAACUUGUACAAAGUGAUUCUGAAGUGAAUGUUAAGGAGGUGUCAAGAUGUCAGCAAUUAUGAACAGUGUUCAAAAGCGUUAAUUGUCUUUGAACAGUAAGAUGUUUGAGGGAACCUGAGGGAACCUGAGGGAACCUGUCAAUAAAAUCUUGCUUAUUUAAAAGAUAUUUAGGUUUGGAUUUCCAACGGCAAAACUCAUAAAUGAAAUGGCUUAAUCGUGCUUAAGAUUCCAAAGUGUUUUAGUGAUCUUAUUAAUGAAUUAUCGGAAAGUUAAAGUUCCAUUUUGAGCUUGUAUUUGUGUAGGUUCAGAGUUGCUGGUUUUGUCACCUGUAAUUACUAAAGAAACUGCAUACAAAUAUUGACGAAUUAUAUGAGGUUGAGUAAUGCACUGAGGACACGAGACUGAGAGGUGAAUGUCUGUGCCAGUAUGUAAGUUGACAUCGAUGUUGAAGAUAUAUUUAAACCGCCCAUAAAUAUACUGAACCUUAUGUAAAACUUCAAAAUUUGUGCCAAAGUGACAUAUGGCGAAAAGGCAAGAGAUGCUUUUGUGUUGAUUGUUAAAUAUAUAUAGAUUAACUAAUACAGCAUUGUAGAUAUUUUUUAUGUAACAUUAAUUGGACUUUUAAUUUCAAAGUGUUCUUGUGAUAACUGUAUACAGUGUCUAAUGAAUUUUGUAAAUAUAUUUUCUGUCUAUGUAAUUAGUUCCAUAAUAUGAAGAUUACUUUUUUCAUGAUACAGAAACAAGAUUGAAGUCAGUUCCAUGAUCAAAUAGAUAAUUUAUUAUUCAGUGGAUUUUCUACUGCCCUCGUUGCCAUACUGUCACAAAGCUCUCGAGAAAUGUAUUGUUUAGUAUAUGAUAAAUUCAAUUGAAAGCAAGUCCCUCCCCAAAAGUGAUUUAUUUGUAAAGGCUCAUGCUAAGGUUUCUUUGGAUAACGUUUCCUGGUGCAACUAAAUUUCAAUUGUGGCCUUCGAGGUUUGUUCAGUUUCUGGAUCCAGCGAGGUGACGAUGCAGAAGACAUUUUCCUGACUAGCGUGAGCCAUAAAAGAAUCAUCCCAGACUUUCCCAUGUCUUCCUUUUUCUUCCUAAAGAACCUCAUUUCCCGUGAGAUUAUUGACCUAUCUGUUACCUUUAAGUACUUCGGUGGUAACUAUAUUAGGGUUACUAAAAAAAAAAAGAAAAAAAAAGAGAGAAAAAAGAAAAAAGUAUGCCCUUUGACCGAAUGUCGCAAUCAAUUUCUUUGAGCCGUGUAUAUGAAAAUAUGACUUGUUCCCUGUUUGUGAAUAAUGACAUUUAGGCUUUAUUGAAAUUUAUUAUUUUAGGUCAAAGUCAUUGAUUGUUGAACAUACCAAUAUCCUCCUUUUGGAUUUGUGCUGUAGGAAGCCAGUGCAUUAACCUUGGCUAUUGGACAUACCAUGUUUGUGUGCAACAUACUCUUAGGGCUAAAUUGUAAUUAUUACACUGUAAACAGAAAACUUGUAUGUACAAAGACUGAACAUAUUUUAUUGGAGAA